GAAGACCGCAUGCUAUGGUUGUUCGGAGAUUCUUCCAAUUCACGAUCUUAAAGUCAUAUGAUUCACAGCAAAUAUAGCAACAAAUAUCUAAAUUCGCAUUUUCCAAAGCCACGAAACGUGCAUUGAGUUUGGAGCGAUAUGUGAAGUGAAGAUUGAAGACGUGAUAGAAGAUGGACGACUACUGCUAUGCUAAGAUGGCGACGUCCGCUAAAAGAGAACAUGAAAGAGAAUCAACUUCCAGCAAAUCACCAACGGAGAUAAAGACGAAAGAUGAAGACGUCCAGCAGCUGAUCGGUAAUCCAGAAGAAGUUUCCCCUCAGUUAGGGGGGAGCUCCACUUUGAAGCAGGAGACUCCACAACCACCCUGCAUUAAAAAGGAAGAGGAGGAACUCUGCAUCACUCAGGAGGGAGAGUGUCUUCUAGGACGAGAGGAAGCUGAUUACACCAAGUUUCCACUGAAUAUUCUCUUUGUGAAGACUGAAGAUGAUGAAGAGAAACCACAAGUAGACAACCUCUUAGCUCCACUAUCAGAUAGUGAGGCUGAAGACGAGGUUGAAGAACCUUUGAGCAGCGACACAGACUGUGAAGGUGAUAUGAGGACUCACACUGACAACAAACACUCUGAAUGCUCUUCAAAGAAAAGAGGUAAAACAUAUUUGAGCUGCUCAGUUUGUGCUGAAAGUUUUACUAAAGAGAGCCGUUUGACUCGACACAUGAGAACACACACAGGUGAAAAACCAUUUAAUUGUUCAGUUUGUGGCAAAAGCUUUUCUCAAAAUAGCCAUUUGACUCAACACAAUAGAAUACACACAGGAGAAAAAAACUUUAACUGUUCAAUUUGUGGUAAAAACUAUUAUUUUAAGAGCCGUUUGACUCGACACAUGAGAACACACACAGGUGAAAAACCAUUCAGUUGUUCAAUUUGUGGCAGAAGCUUUUCUCGAAAUUGUGGUUUGACUCAACACAUGAGAACACACACAGGUGAAAAACCAUUCAUUUGUUCAGUUUGUGGCAAAAGCUUUUCUCAAAAUUGUGGUUUGACUGAACACAUGAGAACACACACAGGUGAAAAACCAUGUAAGUGUUCAGUUUGUGGCACAACAUUUUCUGUUAAUAAGAGGUUGGCUGAACACAUGAGAACGCACACUGGUGAAAAACCAUUUAGGUGUUCAGUUUGUGGCACAACAUUUUCUGUUAAGAAGAGGUUGACCGAACACAUGAGAACACACACAGGUGAAAAACCAUUUAAUUGUUCAAUUUGUGGCAAAGGCUUUUCUGUUAAGAGGAAUUUGACUCAACACAUGAGAACACACACUGGACUAAGACCAUUUAAUUGUUCAGUUUGUGGGAAAAGCUUUCCUAAUAAUAGCUCAUUGUGUCUACACAUGAGAACACACAGAGGUGAAAAACCAUUUAGUUGUUCAGUGUGCUGUAAAAGGUUCACACGUAAUACAGACGCAGUAAACCACAUAAGAACACACAAGGGAAAAUAACCAAUUAGCUGUUUAGUUUGUGGUAUGUUGCUCAUAUGUGGCGACAUCCACCCUACCCAGGACCUCCUCACUGCUUCUUUCACAAAUAUCUGAGGUAUUCAUACAAACUUGGAUUAGUUAAAGCAUAAUCUU